CAGAAAAGGCACAGUCACAACUCUACCUUCGAGGUGUUGAAUUGGAUCUGAGCAAAAUGAAAUUCCUGAUCGCUUUUGCCCUGGUGGCCGUGGCCAGCGCAGAUGUUUCUCAUCUGUUCUCGCACAGCAACAACCUGCAGGAGGAUGGAUACCACUAUGCCCCACCACGCGCUCCGGUCGUCAUCGACGUGCCCUAUGUGCCCCACGAGUCUGCUCCACCAGUAGUGGUCUACGAGGCCCCCAAGCCCAGGCCCACACCCCCUCGCCCCGUCUACACCCCUCCAGUGGUCAUCCACUCCGAGCCCGCUGGUGUCCUCAAGGACGAUGGUUACCACUACGGCCAGCCCUCCGUGAAAUUCGAGGUCUCUGCUCCUCCACCACCAAAGGUUGAGUAUCUGCCUCCUCCGACCAAGAAGGUGGUUAUCGCCCCUCCCCCAGUGUAUGUGCCACCCCCAACGAAGAAGGUUGUCUACACCCCACCUCCACCACCACCAACCAAGAAGGUCGUAGUCUACACCCCACCCCCACCACCACCAACCAAGAAGGUCGUAGUCUACACCCCACCCCCACCACCACCACCGAAGAAGGUCGUGUACACCCCACCCCCAACUGGCAUCCUGAAGGACGAUGGCUACCACUAUGGUCAGCCCUCCGUGAAAUUCGAGGUCUCUGCUCCUCCACCACCAAAGGUUGAGUACCUGCCUCCUCCGACCAAGAAGGUGGUUAUCGCUCCUCCCCCAGUGUAUGUGCCACCCCCAACCAAGAAGGUUGUCUACACCCCACCCCCACCACCACCAACCAAGAAGGUCGUAGUCUACACCCCACCCCCACCACCACCACCGAAGAAGGUCGUAGUCUACACCCCACCCCCACCACCACCACCGAAGAAGGUCGUAGUCUACACCCCACCCCCACCACCACCACCGAAGAAGGUCGUGUACACCCCACCCCCAACUGGCAUCCUGAAGGACGAUGGCUACCACUACGGCCAGCCGUCCGUGAAAUUCGAGGUGUCCGCUCCUGCCCCACCGAAGGUUGAGUACCUGCCACCCCCACCCACGAAGAAGGUGUACGUCGCUCCCCCAGUCUACGUGCCACCACCCACGAAGAAGGUGUACGUCGCUCCCCCAGUCUACGUGCCACCACCCACCAAGAAGGUCGUUGUGUUCACCCCACCUCCACCACCACCACCAGUGUACAUCCCUCCCCCAACCAAGAAGGUCGUUGUCUACACCCCACCCCCACCACCACCACCGACCAAGAAGGUGUACGUGACCCCCAAGGUCGAGUACCUGCCCCCCGUCCAGAAGGGAUACAGCUACCCCAACGACCCCCAGCCCGCGUUCAACUUCUAGGCUCUCGAAGCUCGUUGUAAAUACACAGAUUAAGUAUUAGCCAUAUUUUUGAACGAAUUGUGAAUGAGUGUCUUGGCCUUUCCCUAUCGCAGGAAAGCCGAGUCCACUUGAUAUAACCGUGAAAAUAAAAAUCAUUCGAUUUUAA